CGCCAUCUAUCGGAUCAUAACAGAGAAGAACCGCUCAUCCAUCCAACCUUACCACACGUCUUUUUCUAUUCCGUUGUUUUCUGUCAUUUACUACAAUCGCAAUCCGAAAUAUAAUAGAAACUGUACUGUAGUGUUUAAUUUUGUGGAAAAGACCGUACAAAAUCUUGUGUGUAACAAAGAAAUGUUAAUAAAACAAACAAGGAGAUCUUGGUGAUAAGAAAACUAUAAAAGCGAGCGAUGGCGAGAGCACUGACCGACCUAUGUCUAUUAUGAACCAGCAUACAUAAUCACCAGUUCACUCCCAUAUGAGGGUUCCCUGAGAUGGACACACUUCAUGUCGGCCAUGGGCACAGUAAAGGGUCCAGUAGGAGCCAGUCACCUUCGACUGCAGAUCUGGCGAGGGAUCCAGCUGUGGUGACCGAUGAUGCAGUGAUUAGAUCCAGGGUGCAAAGUCCGUCGACAGUGCAUCAUGUUGUCAGUGAGCCGUCAUCAAGCUCGUCGUCCCGCCACGGGGAGAGGGCGCACCAUGUCAAGUCUCACUCCAGAGACCUGGGCAACAGUCCACUGUCAGCCAACACCACCGGGAACAGUUCUAGAGAGCUGGAAGACUCACCACAGAAGAAAAUACUACCGGGUUUAAUAACACCGGGCGACUACGCGAGCACAGUUUAUAGUCCUAACGUAUCCUAUGGACUGUCUUCCGACGAAUACGGCUCUCCCGCUUAUAGAGGUCAGGAAGGGGAAUAUUCAAAUCAAGAUGAGAGUGACGGCGCGAACGUGACGUCGUCUAAAGCGAUGGCUGCGAUUGCGCAUCUUAAUACGAAGAUCGAGCGUACUAAGGAUCUCAUAAGACUGGAACAGACUAUACGGGAUGAUAACGUGAACGAGUAUCUAAAGUUAGCCGCGAACGCAGACAAACAGCAACUCCAGCGCAUCAAAGCAGUUUUCGAGAAAAAGAACCAAAAGAGUGCACUCUGCAUCGCGCAGUUACAAAAGAAAUUAGAAGGUUACAACAAACGCAUCAAGAAUUGGGAGUUCUUUGCUUCCCAGCAACACGGCACCAGCGGCCAAGCGCACAGACAACCCAGGGAGGUGCUACGAGAUAUGGGACAAGGGUUGAAGAACGUAGGCGGCAACAUCCGCGACGGCAUCACAGGCCUAGGCGGCAGCGUGAUGGCGGCGCCCAGAGAGUUCGCGCACCUGUUCUCGCGCUCCAACCGCUUCGGCUCCGCGGACAACAUCGCGCAGCUCGCCGAGAACACGGGUCCUACGCCACCACACGCGGAAUUACGAGCGAACGCGUCGUCGGAAGGGUCCCGCGCGUCGGAGGCGGGCGAGGCGGCGCCGCGCGGGUCGACGCUGCCUCGCGCCGCCACCUCGCCCGCGCCCAAGUACUCGCCUGAUGCCUCGCCUAGUUCGUCCGUCACCAGUGAGGGGGCGCCUUACCCAGCGCAACCCGGAUCAAAUAACAUAUCGGAGACGACGUUCACGUUGAAGCCGAUACUGAACGAGUUGCGCGAGCGCAGGGAGGACUACGAGCGGCUAUCUGAGAAAAUAGAUGCACUGAAGAACCUGUCGCAAGAGGUAUCGUUCCUAUCUGCCGCGUUACAAGAGGAACGCUUCAAGACGGAGCGCCUGGAGGAACAAAUCAAUGAUCUCACUGAACUGCACCAAAAUGAGGUGGAGAACCUGAAGCAAGCUUUAACCGACGUAGAAGAAAAGGUCCAAUACCAGAGCGAGGAGCGGAUACGAGAUAUUCACGAGGCACUCGACCUCUGUCAGACUAAAAUCAGCAAACUAGAACAAUGGAUGGCGGGUGGCGGCGGUGGCGCGGGCGGGGCGGGCGGCGCGGGCGACGCCGGCGCGGGCGGCGCGCUGCCCCCGCGCCUGCUGCUCGUCAAGCUGCUCAACGUGGCGCUGACCCUGCUGCAGCUAGCCUUACUGCUUGUGGCCACCAUCGCUGGAGUUGCUAUGCCUUUCUUGAGGACUAGAGUGCGAGUCCUAACAACAAGCCUGGCAGUAAUGUUAGGCGUCAUGGUACUCAAACAGUGGCCGGAAGUGACGCAACUGUCAGAACACCUCGUCAGACGUCUCAAGGAGUAUCUACUAGACAAGCACCACGACAGGUAUGAAUGCAAGUCGUUAUGUGGUUGAUUUUGUCCGAAAACAUCGCUAGUGGAAUUUUAGAUGUUAUUGCAAUUCUGUCCCGGAAUACUGCGUUAUUAUAUAACCGAGGUAAAUACAGCUCAGUUAAACUAACCAUACAGUUAAGAUUUAACCAAUAACACAGUCGCACAUUGGUGGGGAAAGGAUAACAUAUCAACAAGAGAUUAAACUGCAAAGUUAGAUUAACUAAGCCGUUAAUUUAAACUGUUUGCACGUGCGCGGGAGUUGAUAAAGAGAGGUAUCUUGUAUGCUUUAUAGUUAAAUAUAGACACUUUGAUAUUUUUACCUUAAUAACCUUAAUAUGUAUGUAUAUACAUGCUGUAACAGUAACCUUAAUAUGUUACAUAACAUACAAAAAGGUUACAUAUAUUUUUGAAAAUUAGAAGACCAAUUUCUUAGUAUGUGUCUGGCAUUUUUUUUUUUCUAUAUUAAUAUCUCUAUAUUUUUUUGUAAUGGUUACUUGGCUCAAAAGUGUUAAAAAAUUAGCUGCAUAAGCAAUUGUUAUACUCAACGUUAGUCGGCUCUCUGUUAACUUAUAAUUAUUGUCAUAUUUAUCAACUCCCGCGCCGCGCCGGUGUAAGUAUACUUAUAACAGUGAUAUUUCUUUUAUUAUUAUUAUUUAAGUGUACUUUAAGUUGUCGCAUACAGUUCUGGGUACCAAAAUCGAUUAUUUUCGUAACUUAAGAUCUAUCAUCGAAAUCGACUGAAACAUUUUUAGUGAUGCCUAGUUCAUUUGUAUUUUUAAGAUCGUGGAAUACUCUAACUUUGGAUUUCUAUAACUGAUCUUUGCUUGGGUUUGCGAUAAGCUAUUGAAAUUUCACUUAAGUUAUAUGGAGCGAAUGACAAAAUUCAAUAUCGCGCAAAAUAACCAAUAGAUCAGUUAUACAAACCCACAGUAAAUGGUUUAUCUAUUUCUGUUCGGAAAAGGGUAGUUUAUUACAGUAGUGCUGUGACAAUAAUUUUGUCGAUAUCGAUAGCUCCAAAGUCUUGCUACUAUUUUGAUAUUUUUGUUGCAAGCUAAUAAAUUAUCCUUUCCCGAAUAGAAUAUCUAAUAAAUAGGUAUCAAGAACUGUGUGUGAUUGAAUCACUUUGUUUAAUUAGUGAUUUUACAUGAACAAACAUAGGGCUGGGCCCUCGUAGAUAUUUGAUGAUUUAUUCUAACGUUAUUUACCGUACAUUGUCGAGGCUUAUAGUCAAAUUGCUCAGAAAUCAGCUUGAAAACGAGACGUCAAAUAUAUCGAUGUUUGUCAAACACUAUGCAUGUGUCUAAUGCCUUGUAUAGUGGUACCGAAUUUUGUGGAGUUGACAGCUGUCAUAUUUCAAGGGAAAAUCACAGUUGGCUGACUGACAGCAACUGUCAAUUGCACAAAGAAGCGGUCGGGGUAUAAUUGGUUGGUUAGUCUAAAAAUAUAGUCUAUGAUCAUGUUGUCACCCGCAUAUGGUCUGACAAACAAUAUAUUUGACAAAGUGAAAUACCUGGAAGGCUGAACGGUUGAAAAAUCUCGAAUCGGUUGAAAUAUUAGGUGAAGGAUAAUAAAUAGUUUCUUGAUUGCGUUUGUACAAAUUUUAGCUAAUGGGGGAGGGUUGAGUUGCCAUCACAAUGUUUUUUUAUACGUUCUGACAUUGGUUCUAAAUUAUAUUCGCUAUUUUUUAUAAUGAAUUUAGUCAAAUAUUCAAUAAAGACUAUCUUAAAGUAUGAAUCGUGAAUGUCCACUUUUUAUUUCUGUAACGACUCUUUUAUUUUUAGAACAAUUGAGUCUUAAAAAAACGAUUCAUACUUUACUAGUUUUUUUUUUAAGAAAGUGACGUUAUUUAUUGAAUUAAAUUAUUUAUUGGUCCAUUAAUUUUCAAUGUAUUGGCAGUUUGUUCAAUAAGUUGCACAUGAACUUAUAAAUAAACUGCUCAUUAAUUUAUUUUAUUGUGAAUAAUUCGCUUGUAUAGUAGCGUCAAUUUAAAUACGCAUGAACAUGGAUUUUGUAUUACAAUUCAUUAUACUGAACAUUUUUUUACGAAAACUACAUAUUAAGCAAUAAAUUUUAAAUAAAAUAAUCUUUGUCUACAAUGCUUGAAAUAGUUUUUGCUAGAGUCUACAAUAGCAAACAGAUGGAAGCCAGUUUUAUCAAGUGUUGGACUAAUACCUAGUUAAUCCUUCUUCGUAUUUUAAUGAGAACAUUCCAAAAUUACUAUAUCUGAUCGAUGUGGUCGCGUCAGGGAACCUAAUACAUUAUACUAAACUAUUUGGCAAUAAAAAUACUUUUUAAGCUCAAACUGUCCUAUUCCUAAUUCUUUCUAACUUUAUUAUACUGAUCGAUUCCCACCUUUAAAUAAAUGUAGCUUUAAUAUAUUGUAAUAAUACAUAAAUGAUAGUUUAGAUCCUAAAUUAUGAUAAUUGAUACUCCCGGUUUCCUGACUAGCCUGAAAAAGUUACAACUUAGAUUAGAUUUUAGGCCGCCUUUUCACUUGUAAGUUUUACUAACGUAAGUUAUUUACGUAAUUUUUAAUGUUUACAAGUGUAAAGGCGGAGAUAUAAUAGCCCAGUUACUACCAUCCAAGUUAUAAAGCUCUGUACAAAACAUUUUAGUUCUCAAAGUCGUUGUAUACUUAAAUAUUUUUUAUAAACUCGCUAUUUUGUAUAGUUGAGUGACCGAAAAUUGUUAUCUAUAUUAUUAUCCUGAUUAUAUGUUGUAAAUGGCAAAUAUUUCAUAUAAAUAUUUUAGCUGAAGGAUUGGUUUUAAUAGUGAUAAUUGUGUAUUGUUUAUAUGAAUAUGUAUUUGCCUUAUAGUGACACAAAUAAAUAAAUGAUCAACUGUUUAGCACUAGUAUGAAUUGUGUUGUAUUAUAUACCAUUUGUUUUGGAGAACACUUGAGGAAAAUAUGUAUGUUAAAAUAUGUGAAAGUAUUAAUUUUUGUUGCCGGCUAUGGAUUGAAUUAAAUCAUCACAAUUUUAUUCAA